UGCGUGAUGUAUUGUGGUGUCCAAAAAAAUAUUGAUAACAAAAAUAAUUACUACUGAUUGAUCGCAGCAACCAUGGAUUUCACACCAGAGUUAUCAGCCUUUCAGGGCGCACUAAUAUCAGCCGACAAUGUACAUUCAUUUUCGAGGCUUACGUCAAAAGGCGGGAACGAAGAGAAAAUCGAGUUUGUCAUUAGUAAUCUGAAAAAGUUUUUGAAAGAUCGUGAAUGUUUAAAAGACGAAGGUAUUGUCGAAGACAAACAGGCCACGAUGAGAAAAUUCGCUUUAUUCUUAGUAUUAAACGCAGAUCUCCCGGCCCUAGAACAAAUGGUCGAUAAAGAAGGCAUAGAUUUUGUCAUAUGGAUAUUACCUACAAUACCAAAAUACUUAUUAAGCGAAUUGCUAUGGAAUUUUCAAAUGGACAAGUUUGUGUGGGAAACAAUUGUGUUCAGUUACCCCCCACUAGGUGUAGAGUUAGCGAGUGCACUGAUCGAGAAUUUCAAAUAUUUCUCCCCAAUUGAGUGUCUAUCAAAACUCAAUGUUGUUGGUGCAGCUUGCUACAAUUUGAUUUGCAGACUACACUUAUUCAACUUUGAAAAUGACGUUAUAUCCAACAUGCUGAAUACUACUUUUAUCAACUUCAAUCAAUGUCUUAACUAUUUCAUUACUCCUCCCAAUGCUUGGAGAUUAACUAAUCUAAGCAAAGACGAUCUAUAUAAAUUCAAAGGCAAUGGUCUUCGAACAAUGUUAUACUUAGUAAGCGAGUGUAUGCAACUAUUUGCAAGCAAACAAGCUUUUGCCCCAAACAGCUUUGAUGAAUUUUAUCAACUUACUUACAAAGUAGGAAGUUGUAAAGAAGAGCCACCAAAUUUUAACAUCUGUGACAGUCCUAAUAAACAUAUAUCGGAUUGCAUAGAAAAAUGUAAUGAAAUGUUACUAGAUAGGUGCAAGGAACUAGUAAUGGGUGUAAGUGUGGACAUAUUCUGUGCUUGGAGCGAAUUUGAAGAGAAUGGCAGAAGUAUGCAGGUAAUCAUUGGAGAACUGUGCUAUAUGCUCCGAGCACAGUUACUCAGUAUUAAUAUAGCAGCUGGACAUCCUGUAGUUGAUAUGAUCAAACAAAUAUCUAGAAAGCCCAUUGAUAUACAGGAAUUGGUGAACACUGUGGACACUAAUAUUAUAAUAGAAAAAAUUAACAAUAAUGUUAGUAGAGCCUCAUGGGUGCGUGCUGUGAUAAAUAAAGAAAACCUAUGCCAUGAUGUUGGUCUAAUGCAACAUCUUAUAAACAACUUGCAAGUGUUAAAUGAUGAGGAAUGCCGAAAAUUAUUUAAUAAAUGCAUAAAUUUUUUGUUUGAUUAUCGUGAAAAUGUUCAUGUGCAAAUGUUGGCUAUGAAAGCUUUUCAAUACUGCAGCACUCCUACUAAACAAGAUAUACUUGAACAGCGUUUCAGCAACAAAUCCCUCUUCAGUAUUGCCCCACACAGAACACCAGAAUUGAUCAAUGCAAUCACUGAAACAUUCAACAAAUUUAUUGCCAAUGAUAAUGUGGACAAAUCUGAAGUACUUUGCGUAUUUUUGCGAAGCCCUCCAGUUGUUUACAUAAAAAUAUUUGAACUGGCAACAGAGAAUAGUCAACAAACAGAAAUAAUGUUCAAAACUAUUUUAUUAUUAAAAUCGUUUUCAAAUCAUUACUUUUCCAAUGAAACUGAGCCAUGUAUCAUUAAAACUGCACAAAGUAUGCUAGAAAAAUGUAAAGGUACAGAAGCAACAAGGCAAAAUUUGAUAAAGUUUAUUUGUCUAUUGAAGGAUGCUGAAAUAAUCCCAAGAGCGAAGUUGCUUAUCAUGAUAAUAAUGCCUUAUUUACACAAAGGUUUGAUUACCAAAGAUGUAUUAUUGAUAAAUGUGCAGUUGAAAUUGUUGUCGGCGGGAUUUUCUAUAGAAGACUUGGUGCCAGAAUACCGCGCACCUCUGCUGGCCUUGUUGGCAAAGGUCCUUGAUGUUGUACGCUGGAAGAUUAAUACAUUUAUAACUGUCAGUCCCAGUACUUUGCAACUCGCACUGGAAUUACAAAAUGCAUUAUUCCAAACCUUUGGUGCACAGAUACCUGAUAAAGAAGCAAGCUGGUUAAGAAUUAAUCUCGGAAACACCCAGCCACUGAAUCUUUACUACUUCAAAGGGCUGUGGAAUCCACCUGGCGAAAACUUUGUAGAAACGAUUAGCGGCAAAAAAGUUCACAUUGGGAUGAACACAGAACAACUGUCCACUUGGCUGUCACAAGUGCUAUGCUCAACAACUCAAAAGGAAUGGUGUGAUAUAUGGGACAGCCUGACCUGCUUUGACGCCGAAAAAACUUUGGAUGUCUUCCACAUCGCGCUGUGCUUCAUUACUCUUGCGGAAGCUGCUAAUCGCACUGAAAGCACUUGGGAAUGCCUGCUGUAUUGCCUCAGGAAUUUUGUGUACCUAUUGAGGUACAAAUUCUUCAAAGAACCUCUUACGAAUGACACCAUAAUGGCAGCUGUCGAAAGAAUAUCAUCACUAGCCAACGUUUUGAGGGAUGAUAAUCCAGACGAUGUAUCCGCUGCAUUUUUACCAAUUUUCGUAUACAUAGUUGAAAGGAAAAACGAUUACUCUGUGAAUGUAUUAAAUCUAUUAAGCAGUAAACUGAAAAAUCCUAAAUUCCAUGAAGCGACAAGUAAAGUAUUUGUAAGCGGGUAAACAAAUUUAAAGAAAUACGACUUUUCGUGACUUUUAAAAUAAAGGCUGAUAUGAUGGUUUUGGGCACUUGUCGUUUUACGGAAUUUUCUAGUAAGCAUUAAUUACUUCCAAAUGCCAGACUAGAAAGGAGUUAAGAUCCUUUUGGCCUAGAUCCUGUCUGACAUUUUAAAAUCUUUUUAAAUGUAUGUUUUUUUUCCACUGUAAAACCUGUACAAAAUGUUGGCUGGCAUUAGUGAAUACCAAUAAUGUUCUGUAACAAAAUCGUGUAAUGGUUUAGAUUAACUAUCAAAGAUUUUUGAAGAAUAAAUAUUAAAACUAGCACUUGUUAGUUUAAGAGCAGAGCUAUUUCUCGACUUUGUC